AUGUCAGUUUCCUGUAAAGUUGUGGAUAGAAAUAUCGGGAAAGUGUACCACGUCUUCACUGAUUUCCUUAGUAAACCUAAGGAAGGAGAAUUUGGACUGGCUUGUCAUCUGGGAGUCCUUACGGAUAUUCCUUGUAUUGGAGUGGCCAAAAAUCUCUUGCAGGUGGAUGGACUUGAAAGUCGGGCAGUACAUAAAGAGCAGAUCAGGGAUUUGCACAAUGGAGGAGACCAGUUUCGUCUGCUGGGAAGUUCUGGCAAAGUUUUGGGAAUGGCCUUGAAAAGCUGUGAGAAGAGUUCUAAGCCUAUCUAUGUGUCUGUGGGCCAUCGCAUAAGUUUGGAGUCAGCAGUUCGCCUGAUCCACAGCUGUUGCAAGUACAGAGUUCCAGAACCAAUUCGACAAGCUGAUAUACGAUCCAGAGAGUACAUCCGGAGGAAUGUUUUGCAGACAGACGGAAAGGCUAAGCAGUCUCCUAACUCGCUUAUGAGGAAGAAGCUGCACAAAGCUUCUAGUGCCUCUUCGUGUACCAAACCAUCUCCCAGUGCAUUUCAAAACCAUCCUUGUGAGGAUUAUGAGGAUUCUAUCGCAGCUUUGUUUGAAGAAUGCUGCAUAUAAAGAGGCAUGACUGUCAGAGAGUUCACAUCCCAUCACUUGCCUCUUUGGAAGUGCUGUACUUCUUUAACACAGCUUACAGUGAUGGCAGUGACAAGCAUUUAAAGUGAUUCUUACAGACUGGGACAGAACAGAAUUGUAUAAAUAAAACUGAAGACUGUGAAAUGACUAGAGAAUGAAAAUGAGAAAAAUUAGCCAAAGCAAGCACAUUCAGGCACCAGCAAGUACAUACAGGGAUUUGCGCAACUAAGAAGUGGAUAGACUCUGGGAUGAUUCUGUGUCUUGACACUUACUCUGGCAGCAGGCCGAUAUACGAGACGUCAUAUUACAGGUUGCCCAUAAAGAUGAAUGGCAUUCAUCCAGUCCAGGCUGCCAUCAGUUCAUUGCUGCACAGCUGCCUUCUGGGGGUAAGCAGCUUACGUACGUUAUCCAAAUGCAGCCAAAUUAGUGGCAAUCUCCAGAAUGGAUAGCAGCCAAAACAUUCACUGAUAUGCGUGAGCAGGAACAGCUGGGGAAUAAACAUAAACUUGACAACUUUCCAGUUUAGAGCACAGUGCACAUCUCUCUUCUGCAUUUCAGUUUCUAAUUCAGGCACUCAGUGCAACAUCAAAUUGUACAUUGCAUUUGACAAGGGAUUAAGGAUCCUCAAGUCUGCUUCAUAGCACCCCUGGGAGCAUUGAGUCUGCAUUUAAACAGAUGUUUUUGCUACAUAAGCUAGUGUGAUAGUCAGUUCAGUUCAUACCACUGAGAGCUGUCACCAGAGAGUUUUACCUUUAAUUUAAGUCAAGCUGGAAUUAUAAUUGUCUGUUGCUUGCUGUGAUACCUUUGCUGAUUGAAAACUCUUCCUAUAGGACUGUACUACUAUCAUUUAGCCUUUUGUAACAUUACAGUGACCCAGAAUCUAUCAGUUUGUCAUGGUUCUGCUCUUGUUUUUAUAUAUACUGAUGAUAAAUGAAUUCCCAGAUUCAGCUACGUGUACCUAUUGAGUAACACAAAUGGGUAUCACGUAGCCUAGUUUUAUGAUAUUAAGUGGGUCCUGAUAUAUUAUGCCACAUGCUGUAGGAGUGAUAAAGUUCAAAUGGCUGUACUACAAAUGCUCUUUUCAGUGGAUUGUAUAAGCAUUCAUGGAAUUGUGAAUCAGUGGUUAGUAGAAUUAAGAAAAUUUAUGUGGAUAUGGCAACCUAUAUUGUAGAGCUUUGAAAUGGGAGAAAGGCUGUUAUUUCUGUAGCAUUGACUAUGAAUACAUGAGAUGGCAGGCUGCAACCAGAGAAGCCAUAGUGAUGGAUGGGCAGGGUGUAGUUCCUACAGGGUUGAUAGUUGGUUAUAGGUUACUGUUACAGCACGCUAAGUCUUGUAUGAGACAGAAAGGAGGACAUAGCCACAGCUGGACUUGUUGCUGGUGUGUAAGAUGGAAAAAGCCUUGUAGAUAUGGGAACAUAGGAACAUAUUAUGCAAGUGAUCACAGAGUCCAUAAGAUGCGUAACCAUAUACACCUUUAAACAUCAUGAUUGUCACCAUCAACCCCCCUUUUCCCCAUUUUUUACAUUGUCUGGAUGUCUUGUCAACUGCCACCAUCUCUGUGGAUUCAAUGCCACUCUCCUUCCUUCUUCAACAGUCAUGACUAAUUGUUGCAGGUCUUCUCUCACACACUCCAUUCUUCUCUUUGCUGGAUACUCCCAUUUCCUCUUGCCUUCUUCCUGUCUGUCUCAAAUAAUCUUCACCAGAUUGUGUUCUGCUUUCCUGCACAUGUGCCUGAACCACCAUAAUUUGCUCUCUUUGACAUUGUCUACAAUUGGAGCUACUUGAGCUUCUGCUCUGAUGUCCUCAUUUCAUCUGUCCCACAGUGUACUCCCUACCACUCA